CAGGGGUGCACCUGGCUGGGGAAGAUGCCGCUGCAGGCUGUCCCUGGGUUAAUGUGGCUGUGGCAGAACAUGCCCUUUCAGACACUGGCCAUGUUCUUAGGCCUGUUUCUGCUGAUUGCUGAUUACACAAAAAGGAGACGGCCAAAGAAUUUCCCUCCAGGACCUUUGCCCCUGCCUUUCCUGGGCCACGUGCUCCAUCUGGAUUUCAAACAGCCCCAUAGGACCAUAGAGAAGCUUGUUGGAAAAUAUGGCAACAUUUUCAGCUUGCAGUUUGGUAACCUGACAUUUGUGUUUGUAAAUGGAUUCCAGCUGGUGAAAAAUGUGCUUGUCCAUCAAGGUGAAUACUUUCUUGAUCGCCCACAAAUUCCUCAGAUCUACAAAAUCUUUGGUACAUUUGGAUUAGUUUUCUCUAAUGGACAUAGCUGGAAACAACAGAGAAGAUUUGCUUUAUCAACUCUAAGAAACUUUGGCCUGGGGAAGAGGAGCUUAGAAGAACGAAUACAGGAGGAGAGCAGAUACCUUACAGAUGCAAUUGAGGAAGAAAAAGGGCAACGUUUUGACCCUCACUUUAAAAUUAACAAUGCUGUUUCCAACAUAAUCUGUUCCGUCACUUUUGGGGACCGGUUUGAAUAUCAUGAUAGUCACUUCCAGAAGUUACUGCGGUUGAUUGAUGAGACUGUGUAUCUCCAGGGAAGUAUUUGGAACCAGCUGUAUAACUCCUUCCCCACCAUACUGAAGUGGAUACCUGGACGCCAUCAAACCAUUUUUAAAAACUGGGAAAAUUUGAAGUGUUUUGUGAGGGAAAUAAUAGCAAAGCACAGAGAGGACUGGAAUCCAUCUGAAACCAGAGACUUCAUUGACUGUUAUCUGAAGGAAAUAGCAAAGGCCGAUGCCGACCCGAGUUUCCAUGAAGAAAAUCUCAUAUUUUCCACACUGGAUCUUUUUACUGCUGGAACUGAGACAACGUCUACAACCAUUUACUGGGCUCUGCUGUACAUGGCCCUAUAUCCAGAUAUUCAAGAGAGGGUGCAAGCGGAGAUUGACGCAGUGAUUGGCCAGUCUCGCCAGCCAGCCAUGGACGACAGAGACAACAUGCCAUACACCAAUGCAGUUAUUCAUGAAGUGCAAAGGAUAAGCAACAUCUUGCCUUUAAAUGUGCCCAGAAUGGCAACUAGUGACACAACACUGGCCGGAUUCUAUGUGCCAAAAGGCACUGUUUUGAUUCCCAAUUUGACAUCAGUGCUGUUUGACAAGAAUGAGUGGGAAACCCCUCAUACUUUUAAUCCUAAGCAUUUCCUGGAGGAUGGUCAGUUCAAGAAAAGAGAAAGUUUCCUGCCAUUCUCUGCAGGAAAGCGUGGUUGCCUUGGUGAGCCGCUGGCUAGAAUAGAGCUGUUCCUGUUCUUCACUGCCCUCCUUCAGAAAUUCACAUUCCAAGCUCCAAAGGACGUGAAGCUAAGCCUUCAGUUCAGAAUGGGAAUUACUCUCGGUCCACAGCCAUACCAGAUCUGUGCAUUGUCUCGGUAGGGAAAGCCAGGACAUUUUUGUCAUUGCCCCAUUUCUCAAAAUAAUUAGGGUUUGCUGUGCUUGUAUAUAGGGCUGCAUCAGCAGUUCACUAUGUCUCCAAAUUUCCCUGCCUGCUUCCAUUCUUAUAACCCAACAGGGGACCAAUAUCAGCAAUUGGACGAUUUGGGAACCUGAUAUUGGAAGGGGCUGGGGCUGUUAUGAAACAUCCUACCAUGACAGCAGCUCUUCCUGAUGUUCCUGUCACACCAGUCUGUGUGCAUGCACACUCAGGGGUAGGGAGAACUAAAAGACAGGCGAGAAAAUGGGAUUUUCCCUACCAACACAAAAUUUAAAAAAUGAAAUUUCUUUGAAAAAUGAAAAGUUUCAACUGAGAUUGACACAUUUCUGCAGGACUUUUUUUUUUUUCAAAAAUACUUUUUUUACUGAAAAAACAUCAACCAGUUUUAGACGCAUCCUGCUGCCUCUGACUCUUGCCAACCACCAUUGUUCUCUCGCCCACUGUGAUCUUUGAUGAGAAGUCAAUCCCCCUCUCCUGCCUGAAGUUUUUGUGGUGAGAGAGAACUCCUGAAUCUUUAAAAAAAAGUUAAUACUAAUACAUUUUUAAAACCUGCCCACCUUGGGAUUUGAAUUCCUAACCUAUAUAACAGUACUAGUUAUAUAGUACCUGCUUCCCUGAGAGUGGCUGGGAAACUACAUGGCCUUUAGAUGGUGGGCCAGGCAGGGAACUAGGGCAGAGUAUUAACAUACAGACUAUUCCAGUUUGAACAGCCGGUUUGCUGAUGGGGUUGGUUUAGUGCACAUGUAGUUGAAUGAAGGCGAGCUGGACGUUUCAUAGGCAAAUUUAGAGUGGUUCUUAAUUUUACUUUUGGUGUUUAUUUUAUGGUGUUUAGGUGCUUUAGAAAUACUUCAGAGGGUCAGCUAUUUUGUUGGCUGGCUGAGGCUCAGUGUAGCUAAAGAGCAGUUACAUCCCUUAGUUUGCAACGUGGAUAGUAUUUUCAAGGGUAGUUUAAAAGUAUUUGUUGAGCAAUGUUGGAUUUUGGCCCUAUCAUUCUUGAAAAGUGAUUCCUCAAGAAAUUCUAAGAGUAAAAGGAGUUAAUUACAUUUUUUUGCAAAUUUAAAAAUAACUUUCUGCAAAAAAGUUCCAAUAACUGACAUUUUUAAGUUAAUAAAGAGCACUUGUUUGUAUUGUUAUUUAUAUAGCUAAUUUGUUUACUCAGAGUUGUACUAACAAGAUAAAAGAACGCCAAGCCCAGGUUCUGAGCACACAAUGACAAAAUGCAAUGCACACCUAACAGAUCCUUGUACCUGUUUCACUGAAAGCCUUACGCUAACAGCAACAUGAGUAUAACCCUACCAUCCAGAAAAAUCCCCUACUAGAGUCCCAUUGCUUAUAUGUUCCAUUCUAUGCAUCCAGUGAAGUGGGCUCUAGCCC